GCCCCAGCCGCUUUGGCGCGCUUUAGAAACUGGUCCGUUCCGUGUACAUUUCCCAGUCGCGGCAGCUCGGGAGGCUCAGUUCUAGUGUUCUAAGCCUGCGGCCUCCCAACCCCGCGCAGCAGCAAUGAGGAGGACCCGCGACGAGGUGGACGCGACGCUGCAGAUCGCCAAGCUGAACCCAGCGGAGCUGCUACCAGCCGUGCAGUGCCUGGGCUUCAGCCCCGGGGCCAGCGCGGCCGCCGGCGGCGACUUCUGCCUCCUGGAGCUGGAGCCCGCGCUGUGCCAGCAGCUGGAGGCGGGGUGCAGUAUGGUGAUUCGUGGUGAUAAAGAUGAACAGGCUGUGCUGUGCAGUAAAGACAAAACCUAUGACUUGAAGAUAGCAGAUACUUCCAAUAUGUUGCUUUUAAUUCCUGGUUGUAAAAUUCCAGGCCAGCUAAAGAUGGAAGAAACCCACUGUAACAUUAUUCACACUGAGAUCUUUGGUUUUUCUAAUAAUUAUUGGGAACUAAGAAGAUGUAGACCUAAAUUAAAGAAGCUAAAGAGACUUUUAAUGGCAAAUACCUAUGAAGGACCUGACAGUCAAAAAGAAAAGGAUUCCAAUUACUCAAAAUAUACAACUGAAGAUUUGCUUGAUCAAAUUCAGGCAAGUGAGGAAGAAAUAAUGGCCCAGUUACAAGUUCUAAAUGCCUGUGAGAUUGAAGGUUAUUGGAGGAUUCUUGAAUUUGAUUAUGAGAUGAAACUUCUGAAUCAUGUAACUCAGCUUGUGGAUUCUGAAUCAUGGUCUUUUACUAAAGUUCCUUUGAAUAUAUGCCUUCAGGAACUUGGACCAUUAGAACCAGAAGAAAUGAUUGAGCACUGUCUUAAGUGUUAUGGAAGAAGAUAUACAGAGGAAGGUGAAGUUUAUUUUGAAUUGAGCGCUGAUAAAAUCUGCAGAGCAACAGCACAAAUGCUACUUCAGAAUGCAGUGAAGUUCAACCUCGCUGAGUUUCAGGAAGUGUGGCAGCAGAGUGUCCCUGAAGGAAUGAUAACCAGGCUUGAGCAGCUUAAGGGUUUGGCCUUGGUGGAUAGACAGUCAAGACCAGAAAUCAUAUUUUUGCUAAAAGUAGAUGAUUUACCUGAGGAUAAUCAGGAACGUUUUAAUAGUCUAUUCUCUCUAAGGGAGAAAUGGACAGAAGAAGAUAUUGCUCCAUAUAUUCAAGAUUUGUGUGGAGAGAAGCAAACCAUAUGUGCAUUACUCACUAAAUAUGCUCGAUCUUCAAUGCAAAAUGGUGUUAAAGUUUAUAACUCAAGAAGACCCAUUUCUUAAAAGUACAACAGUCUUUUCUUUGCAAUUAAAGUUCCUUUGUAAAGUUGCUGGCUAUUAUAAGAAAAAUAUUCUUUUAUACAUUUGUAUUUCAGACUUUAAAAAACCUUGUACUGUGAGGCAUUUUUCUUUUCAUCUUAAGCAUUUUGAAACUACUGCUCCUCUUUUUUCUUAAACCUAAGAGGAUAUUUCUGUCUUUCAAGUUAUGUUUGUAUUAAAUACAGAAUGUAAACAAGGACAGAAGAAAGUGUUAUGUCUUAUGUUUAGUAUAUAUCUAUAGUUCAUUUGGUUUUAUUUAUUGAAAUUGUUUGCUUUUUAAAUAUUUAAUAUUUUAUUUCUUUCAUUAGGAUUUGACAUUGUAAUCAUUAAUAAAUUUAUAAGUUCUUAGAGAA